AUGUUUCUCGGGCAAGUCUAUCACAGUCGGUACAUUCUCGACCGGGUUUACACCAACUCCGAGCGUUCGCAUUGGACGGGAGCGUGUGUGAGCACUUGGGUUCUAAAAAAACAAGAAUCAUAUGGUCGCAUUAAUCAUGUACGGCCCUACGGAUUUGUUGAUGAUAACUCAUCUUUCACGAUGACAAGGCAUCUCCCACAGGAUGAUCCUAAUUCCGACGGAGACUUCUUGGACUCGAUUCGAUUCUCCACAUCCACACCCAUGCCGCAAUAUCGUGAUGACCGUCAGUCAGAUAGAUGGAUAGACAUACUCAAUAGAUAG